CCACCUACCAGCCCCAACGGCAGCCGCUCUUUCUCUCUUUCUGCGUGUGUGUGUGUGUGGCUCCUACCCACUGUUCGCUGCGUGCCUGCUGUCUGUCUUUUCUACGGCAUCCUUACCCCCGGCCGCCAAACCACCGCCCUGACCUUUUUUUUGCCCCUACCUCCUACCACAGCACUACCACUGGCUGCUCACCAACGACUCAGCACCUCUGCUUACUUUGCUUGCACCAUCCAUUUGAACAGAAAAAGAAAACACAUACUUACUCACCUGCUCCCCCAGACACCAGCUCUGCGCAACUUGUUAUACCCCAUCCAUCCUACCUCACGAGCACGCAUUGAACCAACCUGCACGCACAUCUGCACGCCCGCACCCACGCACGCACCUUCACGUCAGCCUCCGCGUCUUUCUUCACGACCGCCUUCACACUCCCUAUCGCUCGCUCCCGCCACCUGUCACCCGUCUGUCUGUUUGUCACCAUUGAGACAUGCGCGCCUCUUGUUAGAUCUGUCUGUCGCCCACUCCGUCCUGGCCCAUCUCUAUUCCCAACGCCCCGUCGUCGUCCUCCUGCUGCUGGAUUCUUCGCUCGCCCUCCCUCCAUCUUCGCCCAACACUGCGCCUGCGUGCUCGUUGCCGCCGCUCUCUCCUACCCUACUUCGACGCCUCGGAAUGCGUUUCUGAGCGCGGCCAAAGUUUCGUUGACGCCGCCCCUAGCGCACACCCGCCAACAUGUCGUUUCUCUUUGGGAAGAAGAACAAGUCCUCUGCCGCCAACGCUGCGAGGGACUCCCCUAGCGCACUGCCGCCUGCCACUCGCGACAUCUCCUCGUCCCAAGGUCCACCUGCACAGGUCCCUGCGCCUCGAGAUGCCGAAAAACCUCGCGGUCCUGUUCAGGCCGCCACUCCUGUCGGUGGGAGUGCGAACAAUUCCUUUUCAUCAUUACAGAACCAGGGCACCACUGCCAGCCCCGAGCCUUCGAUGCGCAAUCGUGGAGAACCGAGAGAUCCUCGUAAUGAACCGUCUCCGUAUCCUUGGUCCUACCGCCGCUUGAAUUUCACCACAUCUGCCGCUCCCUUUCCGCGCUACGGUGCUGCCAUAAAUGCCGUCUCCAGCAAAGAUGGUACCAUAUAUCUCAUGGGAGGCUUGGUUGCCGGUGCCACUGUCAAGGGCGAUCUGUGGAUCACGGAGAUGGGAAAUGGCAGCAUGGCAUGUUAUCCGAUAUCUACUACAGGUGACGGGCCAGGCCCCAGAGUUGGUCACGCCAGUCUUUUGGUAGGCAACGCCUUCAUUGUCUUCGGUGGUGACACAAAAUUGGAAGAUAACGACGACUUGGACGACACUCUAUACCUUCUGAACACAUCAACAAAACACUGGUCGAGAGCAUUGCCUCAGGGCCCACGGCCUACGGGGCGAUACGGCCAUACACUAAAUAUUCUGGGGUCUAAGAUUUACAUUUUCGGUGGCCAGGUGGAAGGACAUUUCUUCAACGACCUCGUUGCUUUCGACCUCAACUCUCUGCAGUCCUCCACGAGCCGUUGGGAGGUACUCAUACCGAACCAAAAGGAGGGUGCGGUAUCAUCUCCAACGGGCCGUUCACCACCUGCGAGGACGAACCACUCGGUUGUCACCUGGAACGACAAGCUGUAUCUUUUUGGUGGUACUGAUGGUAUUAACUGGUUCAACGAUGUGUGGACCUAUGAGCCUCGUACCAACUCAUGGUCUGAACUGGAUUGCAUUGGAUAUAUUCCUGUUGCACGUGAGGGACACUCCGCAACGCUUGUCAAUGAUACCAUGUACAUCUUUGGUGGUCGUACUCAGGAGGGUGUAGACCUUGGAGAUCUUGCAGCUUUCCGGAUAUCAUCCAGGCGCUGGUACAUGUUUCAAAACAUGGGCAGUUCUCCUUCCCCUCGAUCAGGUCACAGUAUGACUGCUUUCGGUAAACACGUUAUUGUUCUAGGCGGUGAGCCCUCUUCCUCCGCCGCCGACAAGAACGAGUUGAGUUUGGCAUAUGUCCUCGACACAUCCAAGAUUCGGUACCCGCCAAAUGAGGCACCCCCACCGCAACAAGCUCCCAAUGAACCGGUCCGCAAAUUAAGUGGCGGCGAGAAAAGCAACAUACCGCAAGGUAAAGCCGGUACUCCAGCUGCCCGCGAAAGCAUGAUGCCCAGACCUCAGCAACCCGGUGUCCAAGAUCCCACGAUGAACGGAAUGGCCCCAGGAGGAUCGCGCUUACCCCGCGUAGCUGGACAAGCACCCUCUGGGCCACCUCCUAUGCAACAGCCUCCGCAACCCAGAGCCAACGGCGCUCGCAGCAGAACCCCCACUAGAGGAGAACGGGGAUACGGCCCACCUGUCGAUACUCGAGCUGCUUCAUUUGAUCGCGACAACAGGUCCCCUAGCAGAACCCGGGAGUCUCCAUUGACGGGGGAAGCACGUAACCAGCCUCACAACGAAAAGGUUUUGAACGGCUCACGGAAACCAUCAGACGGUCCCAGUAGGGAACCCAAGGAAUCUAUGGACACAUCACGAUCGGGUAGCCUGCUGUCGCGUAACACUUCAAAGUCACAUCGCACACAGCAGAGCCUUGACAGCAUUGAGCAAGGUGUGACGAGACAGUCGACCGAGACUUCGCAGCGUGGACCUAGCCGCCAGGAUCAACGUUUGGUUGAUAGCGGUCUAGGCGCAUCUCCCGCCAUGGUACAGCAGAACGACGAGCUAGUCCGCGAACUCGAGACUGUGAAGAGUAAGAACGCUUGGUACACCUCUGAGCUUGCACUCGCUCGCAAGGCAGGAUACAACCCGGGAAUGGCCACUAGCCCAGUUCUAGACGAGCGAUCGGCAGAUGCUUUUGGAGAUGAAGACAGGCCUUUACUCGAAGCAUUGCUGAAGAUGAAGAGUGAGCUGGAGCGGGUCCAAAAUUCCAUCAAAACACAAGGACAAGACGCCGCCAAGAGGAUCGCUGAAGUGGAGAGGCAACGAGAUGCUGCUAUCGGUGAAGCUAUUUACGCCAAAACAAAGCUGGCUGCACAUGGUGGCGGUAGCCAAGCUGGUACACCUCAGCCCGACGGUGUACGAAGUACAGCGACGCCGGAUAUGGACCGUGUAACCGAUAUCAACAGACGAUUAGCUGCCUCGCUGGCUGCUCAGAGCGAACUGUCCUCCAAGGUCGAUAAGCUCAAUAACGAGAUUGCUGCCGAGCGCAAAGCGAAGCAACUGGCCGAUGAGACUGCGGAAGCUGCCCAACAGCGUGUCAAAGAGUUGGAUUCCACCCGACAAAAGAAUGCCGCGGAAUGUGAAAGCCUUCGAGACGCUCUUCACGAAACGGAGCGCGUAGCACGAGAAUCAUCUGUCAGCGCAGCCGAGGCCGAAGCACAAUCAAAGCUGCUGGCUGUGGACAAGUCUGAAUUGAGCGCCAAGCUCAACAAGAUUACCGAGGAGUCCAGGAAUCACAGCGCUAUUUUACAAUCGCUUCGUGAAGCGUUGGCAGGGUCGUCCGAUAAGUCAACUCUGUUGGAAAAGCAAUUGGAGGAGGAGAGGUUCCAACGAGAGAACAUGCGACAAAAACUCACGCAACUGCGCGCAGAGCAUGAGGACCAAACGACCGAACUCGAAGCCGCAGCACAGAAACUUCGAGAUACCGAGGAACUUGCUGAGAAAUAUGCGGAGGAGGCACGCCUUCAUCGCACUGCAGUUCUAUCAGGCCUUGGACAAAUUGCAGAGCGUGACGUCGCUGUCAGUGAUGUGGCAAAUGAGCGUGUUCAGAUCCUUCAGCAGCAGGUCGAGGCCGCCAAUGUCAUGGUACGCAAGAAUCAGACAGCAGCAGAUGCAGCAUCCGAGAAGUUGAGAAGGGCAGAGGAACGAAUUGCGGGUCUCGAAGCCUAUCAAGAACAGUCAAGCCGCGACGGUCUCAGCAUUCGCAAGCAACUACAACAGGCCAUGCGAGACAUGCAAGCGUCUGAUGCCGAGAAGGCCGAGAUCACUCAACAGCACCAGCGUUUGCGACUUGAGAGCAAUGCUUUUGAAGUUCAGCUGAAGACCUUAAAGAAUCUGCUGGAAGAGCGAGGUGUAAACGCUGUAGAUGCACGACGCUCGAGGGUCUUGGAUAGCCCCAGCUCACGAUUUGGCACUCCGGACAUCAAUCGCGUGCGAGAGCUGGAACAGCAGAUUGAUUCUAUGAACAAAGCGCAUGAAGAGGUGCGUGCGGCAUACGAGCAACGCGACUUCGAGUCCAACAGAGAGUGGGAGGAGAAGCUACAGGCGCUACACAACGAUCACCAGGCUGCUGUGAAGUACCUUCGUGGAACCGAAAAGAUGCUUGCCAAGUUGAACCAAGAGCUUGAACGUCACAAGAACGAAAAGAGGAAGCUCGAGGAGGAACUCUCGCACGUGCGGCAAGCUUCGCGAAGCCCCACCAAAGAACAGUCUGCGGAAUGGGCAGCCGAGCGCGCAUCUCUACAGUCCGAGCUUUCCGCUGUACAAGACAAGCUGAAGUCGACCGCCGCUCGUUUGGAGGGUCAAAUCGCGUCAUUGCAGUCUGAGCUUGCAUCGACUCGCCACGAGGUGGAGACAGCUGCCAAGAAAUUGAAAGAAAGCGAGUCGUCGGCCGAGCAAUCUCAAGCGCAACUAGAAACGCUACGACGCAACAACGCCGAUCUUGAAGAGCGCGCUCGUGAAGCGGAGGAUCGCGUCCAGAUGUUCCUCACUCAGUUCGAGACCUCUGUCGACAACUACCGUCGUCAAUCGCAAAUUCCUGCUGGAGCUACUAACGGUCAUCAUCGUGCUCACGACAGCAUCGCAUCUGGGGAAUCAUUGUACAGUGAUGGCCACGACGGCGGUUCAAGCACACCCGAGGCUACAGCGCCCGACUCAGCAGUGACGCGCAACUCAAUGGCUCUUGACAGCCUUGCAUCCGAGCUGGACGCGCUGAGAAGCAAUUGGGAAACCACUAACAAGGCUUACCGCCUGAGUGACCGCUUUGACUUUGAAAAGACGCCAACCAGCGAGAAACACAACCUUCCAGAUUCCUUCUCCUCGUGGAGACCGCAGAUGGAAUUCGACGAUGACAAUGAUGACGAUAUCAAGAAACCAGCUGGCAUGUCCACCCCUGCCGCAGCAGCAGCACCAUCUACACCUUCUGCAUCGACGCCAACACCAUCAACAGCCUCGGCGUCCACUCCGACGCCCGCAUCUGUAUCGGCCAGCGCUGCCGCACCAUCAGGGCCAGGAGGCUCUGCCAUGAUUUAGCUACCAUGAGGCGUUUUGUCUGUUCCGAUUUCUUUGGUCUCUUCCUCCCUUCCUCC